CUGGGGGACUGACGAGGAAUCGGCCAAUGGUACGAUGGCAACAGGUAAAUGACGGUGAUUUCCCCAGGACUUGGGUUAUUCUCUUCUUCAACGAUUGAAGCCAGUUGCCAAAGGGUCGACGGGGUUACGAGACGGAUUGCUAUAAAACGAGUGGUUGCUGUACCGUCGCCUGUUAAAUCGAUCUUCUCUCUCAAAUUUAUUUCAGUUAUUUCACUGCAAUUAUUAUCAUCUCCACGGAAUUCAAAUCGCUUUCACUCAAAUAUUUCUACUUGGGAAUUUCAGUGCAGUGAUAAUCCAGUGAUAUUUUCGUUACGUCCAUAAACCGGUGUGCGCUGAUUAUUUUACCUGCGAAAAAUUCACUGUCUUUCAGAAGCAUUUUGAACUGCAGGAAGUGAUAUAAAAUCAUGAAGACAUCGGCGCAACUCCAGCAGUACAAGAAGUGCAUUAUUUUAUUCAUGAUUGGUGUAAUUAGCAGUGCUAUUGCUUAUGCACUUUAUGCCGUUGAUCCCACUAGAUUGAUAUUCGAGUAUAAAUUGACCAUGACCCCGACGUCGACGGUCUAUCUCACGUGGAAGAAACCACCCAUUGGUGUUUACAUCAAAGUUUAUAUUUUCAAUAUUACCAAUCCGGAGGCUUUUCUCGCAGGCCAGGAGAAGCUCAAGGUCGAGGAAAUUGGGCCCUACGUUUAUCAGGAAGUUUUAGAAAAUACUAAAGUCGUGUGGCACGAUAACGGCACGAUAUCAUACACACCGAAACGCACAGUCUACUUCGUUCCUGAGAAGUCUAGGAGUAAUCCUGUAGACGACAUCGUCAACGUCCCCAACGUCCCGAUGCUGGGGGUCUCCUCGGCAGUGCACGAUCAGGGUUUCCUGGUGAAUUAUCCCCUCGCCCAAAUGGCGAACCUCCUGGACAGCAAACCAAUCCUGACAAUGCCAGUCUACGAGUACCUGUGGGGCUACGAGGAUCCCCUAGUGCGUCUGGCCGCUGGGAUAGUCCCGAAUUUCAUAAAUUUUCGUAAAUUUGGGCUUCUUGAUCGAAUGUACGACGAGGGAGAGAAUGUUGUCAACAUGAACAUCCAGAAAAGUAAAAAUAUGUUGGAAGAAAAUGGACGAUAUCUCAGCAUUGAAACGUACAAUGGGAGUCCUGGACUCCCCCAUUGGGGGUAUACAGAGCCAGAAACUAAUGAAACCAUACCUGGCAAUACUAUCUGCAAUCAGAUUCGGGGAGCAACGGAGGGCACUUUAUUUCCUACGGAUAUCGACAGGGACGUGGUGUUCAGGGUUUUCAGGAAGGCAUUUUGUCGGGUUCUGCCGAUUGUCUUCAAGAGCGAGAGCUACGAGCAGGGGCUGCGCGUUUUUGAAUACAAAUUUGCGGAUGACUUUCUCGAUCCACCAGAGAUGAAUGCAGAUAACGAGUGUUAUUGCCGGAAAAUGGAGACGUGUCUUAAGCGAGGGCUUUCCGAUCUGACUCCGUGUUAUUACAAUAUCCCAGCGGCUGUCUCUUUGCCUCACUUUUUGGACGCCGAUCCGAGUCUUAUUGAGGGUGUGGAAGGGCUCAAUCCAGAUCCUGAGAAACAUCGCACUAGAAUAUUUAUCCAACCGGAUGUGGGGGCACCACUCAACGUCAACUCCAGGAUCCAGACGAAUCUGGUGAUGCAACACACAGUGUACAAUCCAAGAAUCAAAGCGUUUAAUGGUCUCGUCGUUCCUCUUUUUUGGUCAGACCUGGAAAUUUCAAAGGAUGGAAACGAAUUAAUUUCUCUGAUGCGCCUGCUGCUGGUGAUAGCUCCGGUUGUUCAGACAUCUGUAGUCUACAUCCUAGCGAUCGUUGGUAUCACGACAUUCGUUUUAUCACUGGUGGGAACCCUGCGGUUGUUGAACCAGCAGACGGAGGAGUACGCCGAGGAGAGGAGAGACAGUGUGGACCUCAGGAUGCCCCUGGGGAUGGGCCAGUACACGGCCAUCCACAUUCUCCCAGCGAUAAAAAAGAUAACGUCCAAAACAGAUCUCUUCGGGUAAUUGCGUGGAAUAAAUCGUCUCCUACCGGACCGGUACUUACGUCUUUCUGACAUUGAUCGAGUCAGGAACUAGUCUCCACUCGUUGUUCCUGGAUUGUUGUUAAUGGAAAGAUCAGAGCUUAAGACUGAUUGGGACAACAGCGUCUAUUUGAUAAAAUGUCAGAUUAAUCAUGACCUAAUCAUCGUUGUUCUUUUAGUGCGUAAUGAGUGGCUUAGUUUUAAAACUGUUUGACACUCGAUUAUUUAAUUUGUCUAUUGGAAAAUUUAAGUAUUAUAAAAUAUUGCUGCUCAAAUAUUAUUGUUAAGAAAUUGUUAGAUAUGAAGUCUCAUUUUUUGAGGGAUUCCAAGUUGUUCGUAAUAAAUUGUUGGCGUAA